GCCCCAGCGGGCCCGGCGGGCGGCGAUGGCCACGUGGACGUCGGGCCCGAGAUGGAGGGCAAGGGCGACGCGACGGAGACGGAGGGCGACUUCAGGUACCACGAGGACGAGAAUGGCCACAAGUACUUUCGGCACAUCAGCUUGCACAGGUACUUCCACAAGGUGUCAGGCGCCUUCAACGGCUGGGGCAAGUGCACGAAGACCCAGACGGUGCACUCGGACGGAGGGUCUGAGGGCGCGCGGCGGAGGCUGCACUGGUGGGGGGGGCACCUCGGCGGCACGGUCCACAGCAAGGCGGCCCACGAGGACAGGUGGGCGAAGGUGAUCACAGACUGGGGCGCCGACAGCACCCCAGGGCUCGCGGUUCUGGAGGUCGACGCGAGCCAGGAGUUCUAG